AUGGCCCCAAACCCUCUGGUCGCCAUUCAAACACUCUUCCGCCCAGAUCGCUGGUUCAAGCGCUCUAAGUCGCCCGAAGGCAAAGUCGAGCACUGGGACGCCCCCGAGCCUGGCACCUACGAAUACAUCCCCGGCCGCGGCUGGUACUUCACGAUCCCCGACCUGCACGAGCGCCUUAAACAGCCUGUCGAAGUAAAGUACUCCCGAGUGCUGAAGCGCAACCUCCUCCGCCCCGACUACGACGCCCGCAAGAAGUACGGUCCGGUGACGGACGCUGAGGGCGAGGUCAAGGAAUUCGGGUUCUUCCAGCUCGAUGGCGGCAUCGCGUGGGUGAAGGCUUGGGACGAGGAGGGCAACUUCAUACCCGGCCCCUACGAGAGAUGGGUUGUGGAUAAGCACACAGGCUUGUUCAGGAAGAUGGUCAAGGGCGAUGAUCCGGAAUGGCAGAGCCGCAGGAGCAGUCAGGCGGCGAGCAGGAACAGCACGAGGCCGAGCAGUAUGAGAGAAAGGGUGGACGAUGGUCACAGGGGAAGCUUGUCUGCGUCGAGACCGAGUAGUCGGAUGGAUGAUAGCAAGAGGGCGAGUCUGUCGAGUAGGCCGCCGGCACUGGGUUCGAGUACGGGUGAUCUGAAGAGUGAGCAGGAGAGGAAGUCGACGGCUGUGGAUCCGGCCAAGCUGAGUGCGCAGCUGAAGCAGACUGUGAGCUGA